UUUCAAAAUCAAGCUCCUCACCUCUUUCAAAAACCCAAACCCGCGCCACCACUCCGCCACUGUGGUCUAUGGCCCCCUCCACCCCUCCUCCGCCGCCAGAUACUUCUAAUACCGCCGCCACAACUACAAGACCAGUCUUUCAGAACCCUCCAAGACCUCCAAAUUCUCACCCCUUCUACUCUUCAGCCGCCGCAUCUAGACUACCUUCCAAUCCUAACCCUAAUUACCCGCAAUUGGCGCCCCGCCCGCCCCAGCCGCAUCCCCACCCUCAGGAUCCGUCGCAGCUUCUCUACCCCGUGGCCUCCUCUGGUCGUGGCUUCCUCUCCAGGCCCGUAGCCAUGCCUGCUGCCCGUCCCUCCCCGAGGCCGCCAUUCGUGUUUCCUUAUCUGGAUCAGGGUCAGGGUAAUCCAGGUUUCGUCAGGGCGAACCACUUUGCGCACGUGUUCCUUGGGCCCGGGCCGGGUUCAGCUGGUAAUGCUUCAUCUGGAGGGGUAAUGCCAGGUGUGGUUAAGGGAAUUCCUGUCCCCCCUUCGCACCCCCAAAAGGUUGGUCCUCCUUCAGCUUCAAUUUCUGAUAAUAAUGGCCACAAAGAUUUAAGGGACAAAAACAAGGAUGAUAGUUUUGCAAUUAUAAGAGAUAGGAAGGUCCGAAUAUCUGAGAAUGCCUCACUUUAUACCCUCUGCCGGUCAUGGUUAAGGAAUGGUUUUCCUGAAGAAACUCAGCAGCCACAGUACCUGGAUGCUGCCAAAUCCCUUCCCAGACCUUUGCCUGUAGCUGCACAAGUUGUAGAUUCACCAGAUAAAAAGUCAGGAGACAAAGAAGAGGAAGAUGAGGAUGAGAGUUCAGUUGAGAAUUUGUCCGAGAAAGAGCUAUUGCAAAGGCAUAUCAAACGUGCCAAGAGGGUUCGAUCACGGCUAAGAGAAGAAAGACUUCAACGAAUUACAAGAUACAAGACCAGACUUGCUCUUCUCUUACCUCCCAUGGUAGAGCAACACUUCAAAAAUGAAUCAGCUGUACCAAACUGAAAAACGCUCGUAAUAUUGCUUCCUCUUUGUCAAUAUGAUCUGCUGUCCACAUUCACAUAACAUCCCUCAACAGAUCGUGCCUGCUAAUGUUUUACAACGUUGGAAAAGCGAAGCCCCCAGAUUGUCGACUUAUAAUUGAUGGGCUUCUGGUGCUUUGGAGCCUUGUCAAGCAAAAUCCAAUUGAUGUUUCCAUUUGCUUAUCCUUAUUUCCCUCUUUUCUUCCUUUAGGCCCUUCCACUGCUAUUUCUAUAGUUGUGCCGGCCUGACAUAGAGUAAGCUCAAUCGAUAGUUGUGAUCAGAUUGAAAAGCAUUCGUAGGAUGAAUGCUCAUCUGUAGUACAAUCGGGGCAGCUUUAGCUUCGCCAAUUCUAGGAUUAAACUCUAUAUUUAAAAAUUUAGCAGCUCACCUGUAGUUAAUGUAAUUCAUCUGUCUCUGUUGAGGUUGUUUUUGUAUCCAAUUUGCUUUAGUA